CCAAAACCAAAUCAUCAAUUUUCACUUGGCUUCACCUUUUUCCUUCUGCUGAAAGCCUGAAACAAAUCACAGCUCCCAUCUCCACCGCCUUUCAUUCCAGCCUACCUCGCCAUUAAUGAAAAGAUUCUCUCCCCCAACAUCUUCAGCCCUAGAGCUAGACGAAAGAUGUCAGGCAGCCCCAGAAUCCCUGUACUCCUCCUCUGCUUGUCGGUGGCGUCAAUGGUGGCAGAGUCCGGGAUCGGAGUGAACUGGGGGACGAUGUCCAACCACCGCCUGUCGCCGGAUACGGUGGUGGAUCUCCUCAAGGACAACAAGAUCGGGAAAGUGAAGCUGUUCGACGCCGACCCGGGUGUGCUGAGGGCGUUGAUGGGGAGCGGGAUUGAGGUUAUGGUGGGGAUCCCCAACGAGAUGCUGGAGCUCAUAAGCUCGUCUUCCUCAGCUGCCGACUUGUGGGUCUCGCAGAACGUAUCCAGAUACGUGGGUAAAGGCGGUGCUAAUAUCAAAUACAUUGCGGUAGGAAAUGAACCUUUCCUCACAAGCUACUCGGGACAGUUCCAACCUUACGUCAUGCCAGCCCUCACAAACCUUCAGCAGUCCUUAGCAAAAUCGAACCUCGCGGGCCCCGUUAAACUCGUCGUCCCUUGCAAUGCCGAUGCCUACGAAUCCUCUCUCCCUUCACAAGGAGCCUUCAGGCCCGAACUCGCCCAAACCAUAACACAGCUCGUCACAUUCCUCAACUCCAACGGCUCCCCUUUCGUGGUGAACAUUUACCCCUUUCUGAGCCUCUACGCAAAUCCCGAUUUCCCUCAAGAUUACGCCUUUUUCGGCGGCACCUCACAUCCCGUGACAGACGGGCCCAACACUUACGAAAACGCGUUCGACGGGAAUUUCGACACUUUAGUCUCUGCCCUGACGAAAAUCGGGUAUCCCCAGAUGCCGAUUAUCAUAGGCGAAGUGGGCUGGCCCACAGAUGGGGCCGUGAGCGCGAACCUGACCGCUGCCCGAGCCUUCAACCAAGGGCUGGCUUACCGUGUGCUGAGAAACAGAGGAACACCUCUCAGGCCAGGCGUGCCCCCAAUGGACGUGUACCUCUUCAGCCUUUUUGACGAGGGGGCGAAGAGCGUUCUCCCCGGAAAUUUCGAGAGGCACUGGGGAAUAUUCUCGUUUGACGGUCAGGCGAAGUAUGGGCUGAAUCUUGGAAAUGGGCUUUUGAAGAAUGCGAAGCGGGUCGAGUAUUUGCCGUCGAGAUGGUGUGUGGCGAACCCUACGCGUGAUGAUGACGUGUCGCGAGUGGAGAGUCAUUUUAAGCUCGCGUGUAGCUAUGCGGAUUGCACGACUUUGAACUACGGGGGGUCGUGCAAUGGGAUUGGGGAGAAGGGGAAUAUAUCGUACGCGUUUAAUAGUUAUUAUCAGAUGCAGAAGCAGAAUCCGAAGAGCUGCGAGUUUGACGGGCUUGGGAUGAUCACGUUCUUGGAUCCUUCGGUUGGGGAUUGUCGGUUUCUUGUUGGGGUUACUGAUGUGAAUUCUUUAGGGUUUGGAUUGGAUGGUGGGAGGGUUAGGGUUAUGAUGUUGGUUGUUUUUUGGACGGUUGGAUUGUUUGUGGUGUGACUACAUGGAGAAUUUUUUUUAAGUGGGUUUUUUGUUUGGGGGGAAAUGAGGGGGAAACAAAGUAGUAAUACUGCACAGUGAAAAUAUUGCUAUAUGUGUUUAGGUAAGAUAAUUGUUUAAGGAUUAGUAGUUAAAGGAGUUUAGACUUAUUAAGAGUGAAGGAGUUGAGAGUGUGGAAUAUAUCAUAACUAUUUUAAGUAUUUAUUAUUUAAAAGGCCUUUAUGGUUUGAUGAUAUAUUUGUAGUGUUGUGAGUGGUGGCUAUGUGAUUUCUGAUUAGGAGUGACGUUGGUCCCUGUUUGCUUUGGUCUC